AUGUCGACUGAGGAGAGGCUGCGCAGCCCCUUGGCUGCCUUCCAGAAGCCGCCCACGGGCGUGACGACAGGCGACGCGCUCGGGUGUCCUUGUCCUGCCUCAGCGAGUGCUGGGGCUGUCUCUACUUCGUCUGUGCUCUCUCCUCGCGUCUCUGGCUCGCGUCUCGCUUCUCCUUCUUCCGGGGCUCGACGCUCAGCAGCCGGAAACUCGUCGAGACCCGAGGCACUCCAUUUUCCGCCUGCAGAGACGCGGGGAAGAGCCGAGGCAGGGUACGCCUUUGUAGUGGAAAGGAGGACACGCGAGGGCGCCGAAGCGACCGAACUGUGCACCGCGGCCCUGCCGCUGCCGCCGUCGUUGCCGCCCUUUGUUUCCUUCAACUGCGAGCAUUUCCCGAGUGCUUUGAGUCCGGAACUCCUCGGCGCGCAUGCAGCCAUUUGCCUGCAGCGAGGCGAGGCGCCGAUGGUGCCCGACUGGGUCCACGCUGCCGCGUUCUCGUCCGGUGGCAGUGAAGACGAGUCCGAAGAGGGAAAUGUAGAGCGCAGCACAAGUCCGUCUUCCUCCGUGUCUUCGGCGUCCUCUCUUUCCUGUUCUCUUUCUGCGUCGCGUGUGGCGGGGCGAGAAGGCCCCUCCCGCUUUCGGGGCCCGAAGGGCGAAAAAGCAGAGACGACGCGCUGGUCGUCGCGAAGGCUCUUGAAAGAAGUGGAGAGGCUUCGCAGCCUUACCAAGACAGAUGAGGCUCUUUUCUCCUCAGAAGCAGGAGGCGCAUGCGUCGGGGAGCGAGGAAAUAGGAGUCCGCCGGCAACCUUUCCUGCAGUUAAAGGUGAGGAGCCUGGCGCAAACAGAGAGCGAGAAAAGACGCGAAGCGACGCCGAAGGUGAGGCCGGAGAAGAAGGUACAGCACAAGUGGCAAGCGGUCGCGGAGAGCAAGAUGGAACGGAAAGAGUACAAGGGUUACAAGUGAACGGCAACAGGCAGAUCGUGGCGGGGCCGCGUGCGCUGGCUUCCCAUGAUUGUCCAUAUGUGGCAGUUGGAAAAGCGGAGGCGCCAGGAGAGGAAACAGAAGAGCGAAGAGAUGCGCUUCGGCUUCGGCUUCAACUGCGUCUCGAAGACAGACUGCACAAACUGCAGAGAGGAGGGGAAGGAGGAGGCGCUGGGCUCGGCGCCCUGCGGAAACUCCUCGAAUGGCAUGCGGAAAGAGAGUCGAGUCCCUCCGCUUUGGGCCGCCAGUCGUCGGAGCCUGGGGCGCCGCCUUCCCUGGUGUCGUCGCCGCUUCUGGAUGAGGGCGGCUGUGAGCCGCAGCGUGCAGGAUCGCGCGCCGUUUCAGGAGCGGUCGGGGCCGACGAGGAGGCGAAGAGCGGCGAGAAGGCGACGGCAGAAGACGGGAAGGAGCCCAUCCGGCAGGCGACUGCGGGAACUCGCCUCGGACACGGGUCCGGAAGGAUGGGGAAGCAGGCGAGCUUCAAUCCUCUUGUACAAUGCAGCGAGGAGGAAGGGUCGGACCACGAGGCCGAAAACGACCAGGCAGAAGGCGCGCAUCAGGAAGAAGCAAAGGAGGCAGCGCCGGCAUCUGCCGUGUCGGAAAGACAGAAAGAGUUCCCACCGUCCUGCUCAGCCGUCUCCGGUGGGCAAGGCGAGGGCGAGAGAGGCAAUGGAGACAGCAGGUGCACGCGGGACAACAAGAGAGGCAGUCGCGAAGAAGACGCAGGAGAGAGACCAAAGGUCCAGGAAGGCGGCGAGGAAAACCGCAAACGCCGCCGAGGUCAAAACAGCGCUGUAGAACGAUCAGCCAACUCUCAGCAAAUCCGGAGAGAGGCGACAGCUCAGGAUUUCUGUCUGCGCAUGGCGGCGUGCGGCACGUGCGAGGGCGCGCCGCGCGCGACGCGGAGUGCAGAGGAAAUGGCAGCAUCCGACAACGGGGCGAAGGCUGUUGAAGCCGGAGACCACUUGCAAGGCGCGGAUCUCUCCCAGCGCGGGGAGUCCGCGAAGCAGACGGUCGUGACGCAAGGAGGCGCCGGCAGCGCGCAGAAAGCGGUUCCGGUUUGUAGGCGGCCGCAUGACUUAAAGGCGUUUUUGCGGACGCGGCCUGCAGAUGUUCAAACGCGCGCGUGUCCCUUCUUAGACGCGGGGUUUCCUCUCUGCCCGUUUGGAGCCUGCUGCCGAUUCGGAGCCCGUCAUAUCGACGCUGAAGGGUUCAACAUUGGUGCGGACGGGUGCCGAGUCACACCCGAGGCCCUAGAAGCGCUUCAGCGACGCCUGCAUGCCGAAGAAGAACUCAACGGCCUCUCCUCGUUCAGGGCAAAGAAGCUCACUCAGACCAGGCGUCACGCUUCAGAAAAACGUCAGGGGAGUGGGCAUCCGAGCAGAUGCAGUGAAAAGCCCGGACCUUCCCUCGAUGAAGCCGCUGGCGCGUCGGCGCUAUCGUCGCCUUCGCAGCCGUCCUCCUUUUGUGAUCCGUCAAACUUAGCUUCUGCUGCCGUUGUCGCCGGCUUCGCACCGACUGACGCGCCGGUCGGUUCGCUGCCUUCGUGCGCGUCUUCCUCUGUCCCUGCUGCUGACGGUGGGGAGACGCAGCGUCUCCGUGUGGGGUUCCUCUCGUCUCUUUCGCCUCGCGAGCAACGCGUCGCCACGCAAGAGACGUUCCGGAGACGCCUACUCGACAGUCCGAAAGGGAACGGCCGUCGGCUGAUCCUGGCGCCUCUAACGACUGUCGGCAACCUCCCUUUCCGGCGUCUGUGUGUCGAGCUCGGAGCUGAGGUGACGGUGUCUGAGAUGGCGGUGGCGAAGUCGAUUGUGGAAGGCAAACAAUCUGAACUUUCGCUCCUCAAGCGCCACAAAAGUGAAAAGUUCUUCGGCGUCCAGAUCGCCGGCGGCACGCCCGAAGUGCUGAACGCAUGUGCCGACGUGCUCGCUAGUGAAGAGGUCUCGUGCGACUUCAUUGAUUUGAACGCUGCAUGCCCACUCGUGCAGCUCCAUCGUCGCUUCAAAGCUGGCGCAUGCAUGCUGGACCAUCCCGCGCGCCUGGAAUCCUUGAUUGAAGGCGUGACGAUGAGACAGCCGGAGAUCGCCCUAACAGUCAAGCUGCGUACAGCGAAUCAGGGAAAGAAGCAAGUUCUUCACAACUUCAUCCAACGGCUCGGACAAGCAGGCGCCGCCGCCUUGAUCAUCCACGGACGCACCGCGCAGCAGCGCUACACGAAGGCAGCUGACUGGGGCUAUGUGGCGCAGUGCCGAGAAGCGCUCGAUCCGUCUGUUCCCAUCAUCGGCUGUGGAGAUAUUUUCAGCAGCCCAGAGUUUGAGUUCCGACUGUCCUCGGGAGCGGCGGAUGCACUUAUGAUCGCCCGAGCCGCCCUGAUCAAGCCUUGGGUGUUCACCGAAAUUUCCGAACAGAAGGUGUGGGAUAUUUCGGCUUCUGAGCGCCUUGAGUUGCUGAAGAGAUUUGUUGGUUUCGGUCUCGAGCACUGGGGCUCGGACGGUCGAGGCGUUGCCACGACGAGACGCUUCUUGCUGGAACUGCUCUCCUUCCAACAUCGCUACGUGCCUCCACCUUUUUUCGAGUUUCUUCCACAACUGCUACAGUGGCGACCUUCUCCCUUUGUUGCGCGCUCGGAUUUAGAACGCAUGAUGGCCAGCCCGUCGGUUAAGGACUGGAUUGACCUGUCGUCGCUUCUUCUCGGGGCCCCUCCAAAAGACUUCUCCUUCGUUCCGAAACACGCGUCAAACUCGUAUGCUCCUCUCUCCGGCUCGGCUUCUUCCCUCUCGGCAGUUCGCACCUCAUCUGCGGAAACGCACUGUGCGCAGCCUCCCUCGGGAGGUCUUCUCUCAGAUCUGUCUUCCUUCUUCCACGCGAAAAUCCUUGGCAAUGACGUGGUGCGGCAGUUCGAUGCCUGA